CAUUGGCAAAGUGUCUCACUUACCUCCUCAAUUCAAGAACAAAUGCACUUAGUUUAAGAAUAAUGGACUUAUCUAGAUUGGGGAAUUUUUCCAGUGUGUACAGUCCUGUUCAUUAAAGUUAUUUCUCAUACAUAGCAACUAAUGGGAGAUAUUAUUUAUUAGUUGAACUGAAGCAUGACAGACGCCCUGCAGCUGUGACUUAGAUUUGCACUAAUGACUAUCAUGAUGAUCCGUUAGUGGGUUAAUAAAUAGCAGUGUGUUGGGGUGGUCACAAAUGGGAAACGCCGUGUUGGUCAGAUGACAGUCAUGUAUAUAAAGGGCUACGCGUGCUAUUCUGGGUCAGACUUCAGCCUCCGUUCAUCACAGCGACAGGCUCUCAGUUGCAACCUCUGCUCCUCCGUUCAGGUUCCCUGCAAACCCAGCCAACAGCGGAGGACCUUAUCAUUUUCAAGCGCUAUGGAACUGUCACUGGCUCACCCGGCAGUCAAAGCCUUCGUGUGCGGCUCCUUCAGUGGGACCUGCUCCACCCUACUCUUCCAGCCUCUGGACCUGGUCAAGACCCGUCUGCAGACCUUGCAGAGUGGCAUGCAGGCAGGGUCAACCCGGGUCGGGAUGAUGUCGGUGAUUCUCGGCGUGGUGAGGAAAGAGCGACUGCUGGGACUCUGGAAAGGUGUUUCACCGUCUUGCAUCCGUACCAUCCCAGGAGUGGGAAUCUACUUCAGCUCCUAUCACUCCCUAAAGCAGCACUUCUUCCAGGAUAACAGGCCAGGAGCUGCGCAGGCUGUGAUGCUGGGUGGGGGGGCUCGGACCAUAGCAGGGGUCGUCAUGCUGCCCAUUACCGUCAUAAAGACACGUUUUGAGUGCGGCAGGUACAGCUACGUGAGCGUGAGCGGAGCCCUGCGCAGCGUGUGUCAGAGCGAAGGUCCUGCAGCUCUGUUCUCCGGCCUGGUGGCCACUCUGCUCAGAGACGUUCCGUUCUCUGGGAUUUACGUCAUGUUUUACAGCCAGACCAAGGCCUCCCUGCCUGAAGAGAUCAGAUCAUCUUCUUCAGCUCCUCUUGCUAACUGUGGCUGCGGCGUUCUGGCUGGUGUUCUGGCCUCUCUGAUCACGCAGCCCGCUGAUGUGGUUAAAACACACGUCCAAGUGAAUCCCCAGCUGAGGACGGCAGAGGCCAUCAAGUAUAUCUGCAAGGAGCACGGGCUGCAGGGCUUCUUCAGGGGAGCAGUUCCUCGGUGUCUGAGGAGGACGAUGAUGGCCGCCAUGGCCUGGACCGUGUACGAGCAGAUGAUGGCGCACAUUGGACUCAAGUCCUGAGGGAAAAACCCCGAUUAAAAGCUCUAAAGGGAAGAUAAACAGCAAGUCGGAGUGACGAGUUGGAAGAGAGCAGAGAAAAGAGCCGCUUCAGAGGGAGUCGUCAGGAAAGCGUUUCUCUGUCAGUCAGGGAACAGGCUGGUGAGCAGAGAGCAACGUUUCCAUGAGCUAAAGAUGAGGAAUGGUACAUUUGCCUUCAGAUGGUAGAAAAGGAAGUGGAUCUGUGAUGGGCCGAGCUGAAAAGCAGGAAUUGAUUUAGUAAUAAAAAGGAAAAACAGGGACAAGCUGUGGUGACUCAAUGCAAGCAGCUCCUGGGUUUUAGCUCCAGAUCCACACUCUGGGUACUCCAGCCUCAUCCCACCUGAGGUGUUUGUGUUCAUGGUUCUUCAUCUUUUGUGUCCUCCCUAAAAGUUACCGCUGUAGACAAAGCAAAAUCACAUCCUCCUCUCUACCAGGAGCUGGUGGUGCCAUCGAGUUCACGUUCUUCGUCUAACUGCUCUGAGCCACAAAUCAGCAGGGAUCAGUGAUUUUAACCAACUGGUAAAGCAAAUGAGGACUAGUCAUGGAAUCAUAAAUGAGUUGUUAUACAGAAGGGAACUAAAGUGGAACCAAUGCAUUAAAACCU